UCCCUCCCUCCGCAGCGCCGGGGCUCGGCGGCGCACCACCCUCAGUCUGGGCUGGAGCUCGGCGCGGCGGCGGCGCUUGCGGGCGGCAGCGGCGACCAGGAGGCGCACCGACCGACCCGCGCGGCCCCCCGCAGCCCACCCGAGCGCCUCUUCCAGCCAACCCACCGGACGGCCCUCCAGCGCCCCGCCGUGCGCCCUCGCCUCGCUCGCUCGCUCUCCGGACGGACAUGGCCAGAGCGCAGGCGGCCGCCCAGAUGCCCGGGACUGCCGUCACCCUCCGGGGCCGCCGCUGCCGCUGCUGACUUGGCCGCCUGCCUGCCCGCCUGCCUGCCUGCCUUCCCUCUUCCCGAGUCCGGUUGCUUGGAAAGGUCUGACCGCGCCGGCUGGGGCGCCUGAAGGAUCGCCGCCUCGCCUGGGGGCGGCCGGGGCGGCCUGCCUGUGAGCCCGCGGGCAACUUUCCCGGAGCUGGUUCCUGGAUCGCCGUCGAGGACGAGAGCCGUCGAGGGGGGAGCUGCGCAGGAGAGACCCCCGGGAUCCCGUUGAUCAGCCGGCGGCGCCCUCUCUGCUUGCCGGGCGAGCGGGGACCUCCGGUGGUGGUGGUGGGGGGCCGGGCGACGAUGGAGCCGGUGGGGCGCAGUGGCGGGGGCGGCGGGGGCUUCCAGCCGCACCCGGGCCUGCAGAAGACGCUGGAGCAGUUCCACCUGAGCUCCAUGAGCUCCUUAGGCGGCCCGGCGGCGUUCUCGGCGCGCUGGGCGCAGGAGCUGUACCGGCGCGACAAGGCGAAGGACCCCGGCUCGGAGGCGCUGCUGGCGCUGCCCCCGAUCCAGCCGCCGGCCGUCAUGCCGGCGCCCUUCCUGCUGCCGCCCGACCGCUCGACGGAGCGCUGCGAGACGGUGCUGGAGGGCGAGCCCAUCUCGUGCUUCGUGGUGGGCGGCGAGAAGCGCCUGUGCCUGCCCCAGAUCCUCAACUCGGUGCUGCGCGACUUCUCGCUGCAGCAGAUCAACGCCGUGUGCGACGAGCUGCACGUCUACUGCUCGCGCUGCACGGCCGACCAGCUGGAGAUCCUGAAGGUGGUGGGCAUCCUGCCCUUCUCGGCGCCCUCCUGCGGCCUCAUCACCAAGACGGACGCCGAGCGCCUCUGCAACGCGCUCCUCUACGGCGCCGCCGCCGCCGCCCGCCCGCCCCGCUGCAAGCCCGAGCGGCCCGACGGCGCGCCAGAGCCCGAGCUGGAGCCCGAGCUGGAGCGCAGCGAGCGCGGCUUCAAGGUGUACCACGAGUGCUUCGGCAAGUGCAAGGGCCUGCUGGUGCCCGAGCUCUACUCCGCCCCCGGCGCCGCCUGCAUCCAGUGCCUCGACUGCCGCCUCCUCUACCCGCCGCACAAGUUCGUCGUGCACUCGCACAAGGCCCUCGAGAACCGCACCUGCCACUGGGGCUUCGACUCGGCCAACUGGCGCGCCUACAUUCUCCUCAGCCAGGAUUACACCGCCAAGGAGGACAAGGCCCGCCUGGGCCGGCGCCUCGACGAGGUCAAGGAGAAGUACGACUACGGCAACCGCUACAAGAGGAAAACGCCCCGGGUCCCGUCCGAUCCACCUCCCCCCAAGAAACCCAAAGCAGAAGACUCCUCUUUGCAGUCUCCAGUAGCGGGCGAGAAAGAAAAACAGUCGAGUUGGUUGCGGUCCUUGUCCAAUUCCUCCAGCAAGAGCAUCGGCUGCAUCCAUCCGCGACAGCGUCUCUCUGCGUUCCGGCCCUGGUCCCCUGCGGUUUCAGCAAAUGAGAAGGAGCUCUCGAAUCACAUCCCUGCCUUGAUCCGAGACAGCAGCAGUUUCUAUUCCUACAAAAGUUUUGAAAAUGCCGUGGCUCCUAACGUGGCCCUUGCUCCCCCCACUCAACCAAAGAUUGUAAGCAACCCCCCAUGUGCCACCGGUGCGUCCCGGAGCAACGAGCCACUGAACAGCCCCUCCCAACCAAGGAAAAGGAAACAUGCCUCUGAGAAUCCAGCCAUUCCUGAACCUGCACCCGUUGCCGCCAUGACACCCACCGUCACUGCCGUCCCUGCCACAGAAGAAGACAAGGAGUCAGAAGCAGAAAUCGAAGUAGAAACUCGAGAGGAAUGUAAGUUCACCUCCUCGCUCUCUUCGCUGUCCUCCCCUUCCUUCACCUCUUCAAGCUCGGCCAAGGACAUGAGCUCUCCUAGCAUGCAAGCCCCGAUGGCUGUCAGCAGCGCCUUUGAGGUCGCCGGCCCCGCCGAGCCCCAGGGUGGUGGCGGCGGCCUGGAAGCAGAACUGGAGCACCUCCGGCAGGUGCUGGACGGCGGCCUGGACACAAAAGAAGCCAAAGAGAAGUUCCUCCACGAAGUCAUCAAGAUGAGGGUGAAGCAAGAAGAGAAGCUGAACACAGCCUUGCAGGCCAAGCGCAGCCUACACCAGGAGCUGGAGUUCUUACGCGUGGCGAAGAAGGAGAAGCUGAGAGAAGCCACGGAGGCCAAGCGCAACCUAAGGAAGGAGAUCGAGCGCCUCCGAGCCGAGAACGAGAAGAAAAUGAAAGAGGCCAACGAGUCGCGGAUACGGCUAAAACGGGAACUGGAGCAAGCCAGACAGGUCCGGGUGUGCGACAAGGGGUGCGAAGCUGGCCGGCUGCGAGCCAAGUACUCCGCCCAGAUUGAAGAUCUGCAGGUGAAACUCCAGCACGCCGAAGCGGACCGGGAGCAGCUGCGGGCUGACCUGUUGCGCGAGAGGGAAGCACGGGAGCACUUGGAGAAAGUGGUCAAGGAACUUCAGGAGCAACUGUGGCCUAAACAGAGCAAUGUGUCCGGCAGCGAACAUAUGACAAAGGACCUGGAGAACUAAAGGCAGCUCUCGCGAAAGAAACGGACAUUGUUUAACCCGUAGGCCAGACUGAUGAAUAUGCACAGUAAGGGAUUGUGUGCGGGACCGGACCAUGCGCGCGGGCGCCUGCCCCUGGGCACGCCGGUAAACGUGGUGGACUCGGUUACUGAUCAGAGGGCAGACGUUACUCUUUAUAACAGAAGCACUGAAAUCCCGUCCCUUUUUUUUCAAUCCAUAUAGCACAACAUCUUCCCAUGCCUAUAACAUGAAGAGUGUUUGUUUAAACAAGAAAAAAAAACUAAACUACUUUUGAAUCCACAGCAAAAAAAAAAAAGAAUAUUUUUUUUCUACUGGCAAAGUUCUUCGGGUGUAUCUGGCAGCGCCUGAAGGAAGUGGAAAGCGGGCGAAGAGGGCCCCUUUUCCGGGCAACAUUUUGGAAUUACAAUGACCCCUUUUGUUAUAAGCUAUUUAAAAAAAAAACUACACACAGUUGAGUCACAAAGAUGUGGUAUUAUAACCAUCGACAAGAUAUUUUUAAAAAAUAAAUAUAUUAUAUGUAAAGCUGGGGUGGGGUGGGGUGUGCAUACAAACACUCUCUGAUGCCUAAUUUGUAGAGUUAAUUGUUACAGGUGUUGGGUUCUGUGCUGAGAGACUUUUGUCAAGAAAUACCCAACUGGAAGCCAUGAAAGUUUCGAACCCUUCGGGGGGAUUUCUAUGAGAAUUUCAAAACUUUUGUUUCUAGUUUUCAAUCCGCAUGUCAUUCCCCCGCCCUGCCUCCCGCCCUUGUGUUUGCACAAACAUAAGACAGUCGGAGUGGAACAGGGGCUGAAGAUUCGUCAGCAGCGAAACAACAACCGACCCGGACCCCCCCGCCUAAUUAAAAUCAGUGUUUGUAAAUCAUGCCAUAACCUUUUCUUUUUUUAAAGAUGUCUGUUAUUAACUGAUGUGUUUGAAAAAGACUCGCUUCAUCUCUAGAGCACUUCAGUUUGUUAGGAAAGAAAUAGAAAAAGUUGAUUUUUUUUUACAGAAGUAAUUUAAAACGGAAAAAACGAAGAGAUGGAUGGACCAUGGAGCCGCUUGUGAAAGACAAGAGUGAGAGAGAGAGAAAGAACCGUAUGUGUGCGACAACCUCUCCUUCCGUUUCUUUUUUUUCUUUUUUUCAUCCUGAAGAACUCAUCCCCGUUUGUUCAUCACCUCAGAAAUUCAGUAUUUUAUUGACUCGCGAUCUCAUGUGAGGACUUGGGUGCCCCGGAAGAAUGCUCAACGUUGUAUUAAAGAAAGAAAAGACUUUUGCUGCUGUGAAUAUAAGCCUACAUUUCUUAUUCUUUAGGGGGUUUUUUUAGGGGGGGGGGUGUCUUUUUUGUGACAAAUAUUUUAAUCUUGGGAUCUCUGCUGCAGCCCCUCCCCGACCCAGCCAUGGAUCUGAAAAUAUGCAUUCACACACUCAGGGCAAAAUCCUAUCCCCAGUGGGAGUUUUGCUUCAACGCGAUUGGGGCCAAUGCUUCAGUAACCAGCUGGAUUUUUGUUUCUUUCUCUCAAAAAAAAAGAAAGAAAAAGUUUGUCCAGUAUUUCACUCUCCUGUUCCGGGGUUUUUUCCUGCUUCCCCUCAUACCUUAGUUGCCAAUUUUGCCGGCCUACCGUUGCACAUUGGAGUGGGUUUGGGUACCGCUGAUCCGUUUUAAGGGCCAGAAUAUGCAGGCUUUACUGUCCAGCGAAGUGGAGAGUAAGCAAAGCUGGGGAGCUGGCAGGCAUUGCAGAAUUUCCAAAUUUAAAUUCUUUGGACCUCCAAAGUAAUGAAUGACGUUUCCUCUGGAGCCAUUCUGCUGCACUUGGGAAGGGGGACAGGCAUCGGCCCCCGACAAGCAGGGAAACCACAGGUACACUCCCCCCCACACACUUCAAUACUCCAACCCGUAAUCUCAUGGCAAGAGACCACGGCCCCUCACUCGCCCUACAAAGCACAUUUACUGGAACUGUUUUCUAGAAUCAGUUCCCAGGGCUGUGGAGGGGGUCACUCAUCCACAAAAACGAACCUUCCGUUCUUCAAGGGGGGCACCUGCACUCUCAGAUGUCUGCCCCCCCCCCCGAUUCAUCAUCAGGAAAUUGUCCUCUCCUAAUGAAACCUUUCUUUGCUGAGCAGCUGUCAGUCCUAAAAUUAAAGUAUUUACUUACAAGUACACUAGAUAAUUUAAAAACAAACUGUAUUAAAGUUAUUACCCAUUCUAAUAGCCAUUGUAAGCAUGAACAUGGAAAGGAGGAGGUAAAGUUCAUUUCGAGGGAGGGGGAAGUUAGUAACAUACAAAAAGAAAGAGUGAAAAGGAAGAUUAUAUUCGACAAAAAAAAAAGUCAGGUUACUUUGGUAAAAAUAAAUUACCGGGAGCAAA